AUGGCGAAGAAGAAGAAGGCACCGCAGUUGGAUGCAUGGUGCUGGUACUGCGAACUUGAAAAUACCCUGCCGGGACGCGACUCGUUCGAGAUUGAAAUCUACGGAAUGGUCGGUGUGCCCGAUAGCGACCUGAUCGCUUGGCAAGUGCGCCGCAGUGGUGAGCGUGCGGCUACUGGACCUUCGAAGAGUAGAGGACCGCCCAUGCCUAAGCGACCCCGGAUAGAAAAGGUGGCCCUGUCUGCUGAUGAACUCCGAGCUCAGCUCGCAGCGCACAAAGCAUUGAUGAGCGGAGCAGCAUCAACGUCGGCGCCACCCAUGCUUACGCAGACACAAGCACCACAGUCAGAGCCACCGAUCCGCCCGCCUAUGGAGUCAUCACCGGCGCCUGCCGAACCGCCGUUGGACCCCAAUCGAGCUCCGUCAGACGCAGACGCCGCGCCGGCUGAAACACCAGUGUACCCUCAUACCAAGGCGCUGCAGCAAGGACUGAAAUCACGACUGGCCUACACGGAUACAGUCCUAAGUCCCGAGGAGAAGAUGGCUGCCAUGCCCAGAUAUGCAUAUACGGAACCGGCCACUGUCGCCUCUGCUCCUGUGUAA